AUGAUUCAUAGAAGAAGUUAUGGUUAUAGAGAACCCUGGUUUCACCCAUUUUCCAGUUUAGCGCAAAAUUCAACGUUGUACCCGUGUUGGUCGAUCUGGUUGUCAAGGAACCAACUUAUCUUCCAGAAGCGUCUUUUCACGCCGGCUGAAACAAUCCAAAAAGCCCUUUCUGAUGCAAGGGAAUGGGCGAAUGCGCAAACCCCAAAGCCCGUGAAGUCUCUAAAACCUGUAGCUAUCAUCGAACAAACUCAAAGACGAUCGGAGCAAAGGCAGGUAUUUACUGAUGCAGCUUGGAACUCCUCAACAGCAGAAGCGGGACUAGGCUGGAUUAUUGAGGACGGGACCUCGUUCACCCACCACUCAGCGACCUCGGCUUUUGUCGACUCGCCCCUUUUGGCAGAAGCUUUGGCGGUUCUCACUACCAUGAACUUUGCCCUAUCCAAUGGUAUCGACUCAAUCGCAGUUCUCUCUGACUCUCAGGUCCUCAUCAACACAAUCAAAAAGAAGAUCAUGAAACUUGAGAUCUUUGGAGUACUCAGCGAUAUCUACUGUCUAACCACUUCAUUUAAGUCUAUUUCUUUCAAUUUCAUUCCAAGAUUGGAAAAUGUAAGGGCUGAUUCUGCUGCUAAGCAGGCCCUGUGGGCUUUAAACCCAACUUAA